AUGAGAGAUAUCAGAGAAACAAGAUCGGAGCCGGAGUCGAUGUCGGAAGCAGAUUACUACGCCGACGACGAUGAAACAAGUGUGGUUCCACAAGUGGAACUAACGGUGCCCAAAACCGACGAUCCAGCUGAACCGACGGUUACAUUCAGGAUGUGGGUUUUGGGGAUAACCGCUUGUGUUCUCUUGUCAAUUCUAAACCAGUUUUUCUGGUACAGAACCAACCCUUUGACCAUCUCAUCUGUCUCGGCUCAGAUUGCUGUUGUUCCCAUUGGUCAUCUCAUGGCUAGGGUUCUUCCGACAAGGAGAUUCUUCCAAGGGACUAGGUGGUCUUUCACGAUGAACCCUGGGCCGUUUAGCACCAAAGAACACGUUCUCAUCACUGUGUUCGCAAACUCUGGUGGUGGAUCUGUUUACGCUAGUCACAUUCUUAGUGCUGUUAAGCUUUUCUACAAGAGGAAGCUUGAUUUCUUGCCUGCUUUGCUCGUUAUGAUCACAACUCAGGUAUUGGGAUUUGGUUGGGCUGGUUUGUAUAGGAAACAUUUAGUUGAGCCUGGUGAGAUGUGGUGGCCGAGCAAUCUCGUUCAAGUUUCUCUCUUCAGAGCAUUGCACGAGAAAGAGAAGAAAUCGAGAUGGGGGAUUAGUAGAAACAAGUUCUUCGUCAUCACGCUCAUCACAAGCUUCUCAUAUUACCUUCUCCCCGGUUAUCUGUUCACGGUCUUGACCACCAUCUCAUGGUUAUGCUGGACUAGCCCUAACUCGAUUCUAGUAAACCAACUCGGCUCGGGGUCAAACGGUCUAGGUCUCGGUGCCUUCGGUCUAGACUGGUCAACCAUCGCGUCUUACCUCGGAAGCCCACUCGCUAGCCCGUUCUUCGCCUCUGCAAACAUAGCGGUAGGGUUCUUUCUUGUCAUGUACGUAAUCACACCUCUCUGUUACUAUCUUGACAUCUUCGACGCCAAAACCUACCCGAUCUACUCCGGUAAACUGUUUGUAUCCAACGGCCAAGAAUACAACGUAUCGAGCAUCAUAAACGCCGAUUUCCGCUUAGACCACAAGGCUUACGCUGAGAGAGGACCUGUCCACAUGAGCACUUUCUUUGCUGUUACUUACGGCCUAGGUUUCGCUACCUUGACUGCUAGUAUUGUCCAUGUCUUGCUUUUCAACGGCAAAGAUCUUUGGACUCAAACCAGAGGAGCGUUCGGUAGAAACAAGAAAAUGGACAUACAUACGAAGAUCAUGAAAAGGAAUUACAAAGAAGUUCCUCUCUGGUGGUUCCUUUCGAUUUUCGCCGUGAAUUCUUUAGUUAUUGUCUUCAUAUGUAUUUACUAUGAGACACAGAUUCAGCUUCCUUGGUGGGGAGCUUUCUUGGCUUGUUCGAUAGCUAUCUUCUUCACUCCUCUUGUUGGUGUGAUCAUGGCCACUACUAACCAGGCUCCGGGUUUGAACAUUAUCACGGAGUACGUAAUUGGGUAUGCAUAUCCAGAGAGACCUGUUGCUAACAUAUGCUUCAAGACCUACGGAUACAUCAGCAUGUUCCAAUCUUUGACUUUCCUUUCUGAUUUGAAGCUUGGAACUUACAUGAAGAUCCCUCCAAGAACCAUGUUCAUGGCACAGGCUAGUCUUAUAACAUCUUUUCUUCUUGCUAAGAAUGUUGCGAUGGACCAAAACAUUUGA